AUGCCCGCCGCAGUAGAAACCACCAGCGCCCCCAACAACAACGGGAGCAUCCCGGCCGCCGUGCAAAAACAAGCCAUAGGCGCCUCUUCCUACCUCCAGCGCUGCCUGGACUGGGCAGCUCCGCCGCCCUCGCGCCAGCGCGCAUACGAGACCACGUCGGCAUUCGCCUCUGCGCGACCCGUCCUCUUCUCUUUUCUCGCCGCACAAGCUCUGCUGUGCUUCUUCCCGCUGCUGCUGUUCGCCACCUUCUCCCUCUGCACCGUCGUGUUCGGCCUCGGCGCCGCCAUCAUCUUCGCCCUGUUCUGGAUCGGCAUCGCGCUCCUCGUCCUCAUCCCCACUCUGCUGGUGACGUCGUCCGUCGCCGUGCUGGUAUGGGCCUGGUCGGCGGGCAGUUUCCUUGUCGCGAGGUGGCUCUACCAGCGGGCGUCGCUGAGGACGAGCGGCGAGGCGCGGGUUGAUACCGGCGGGAAGCAGGUGGCCGUUGUCAAGGACGAGGAUGGGUUCAGUGGAAGCGUAGAGCAUGUCAAGGCGGAGCAGUGA